CUUUAAGAGACAGACCCCUCCCCCUGACAAUACUCAGGGCAUGCGCAAGAAAACAUGCUAUGUCAUCGCCACGUCACUUGUCACCCCUGUUGACUCUGGACAUGCAUGGAACAUCAGUGCACAUGCACAGUCUUCCCUUUAAAAGCUCCGACUUCUCUCUCUGCUUUUCUCUACUCUCUACUUUCUCUGUUUCUUCUUGGCUCUCUCUCUGCCUCUAUGGCGUCCGGCCAUGUCGGUCAGCCAUUACCUCUGUUCCUCUUCUCUCUUAGUCUCCCUACUCUGCUGGGCCAUAUAAUAAACUAGUCAAAUGUCUCAUUUUAAAGCUUUCUCUUUUCCUUUUUUUAAAUAAAAACAUAACAUUGGCCCCUGACUUGGUUUAGGUUCUCUCCGUAAACUCUUUCGAUGCUUGCUGGUGGGAUAGGCUUUCUCUCUAACCUCUCCUGCCAGGGGCAUAGGAAAUUUCAGGGAUCCUAAAAUCUGAACUCAUAACCCAUUUCCAUCUCAGCUUUUCCUGGCACUUCCUCCUGCCUGCAGCAGCCUGAGAUGCCGGAAUUCUGUACACUUCUUCAACUCACCGCCUUUCCAACUAUGGAUCUCUGGAACUCACUCAUCUGCCUGUUCGCUGCAAUCCGGCCCAGGAAAACAGUCAAGACAGGAAUGGUUACGAGGACGCCAAUGGAGAAUCCGCCUCUAUCGGGAAGGAGGCGACCCUGGGCUACUAAUGACAAUCAAGUUAAAAAUAGAGGUCUCCGAGUAUCCGAGAUUGAAACAACAGUUGAGAAGGGACCGGUUUCCAGUCACCAGGAUAAGGAAGCACCUGCGCUGUACCCCCUUGAGAAGAGAAGCCCCUGCGGAGCCCACGGGCUUACCCUACAGUCCUCACACCAUGGCCCUUCUGAAGCCACCUUCUGCUCUGCUGCACUCACCAGGUACCUUCCUGUCUUCAGCAGCAGAGCCCUUUGCCCAGCAUACAGGGAACCAACCCUAGGAUGCUUCUCCAGCAUGACCGAAACAAAACAAACGGCAGGCAUUUAAUCCUGUGGCCACUUUUGAGUCCAGAAUUGUUGGCUUGAGGAGGUCCACAAGGCUGUGCUUUCUGAGACUCUGGGAGGGUCUUUCCCACUCUGCCUUCCAGGGUGUCUGACAUUUCUGGAUGUUCCUCUGCCUGCAGCUGCCUAACUUCAAAGCCCUUCUCUUCUAAGGAUGGAGCCACACUGAGGUAGACCUCACAUUGCUCCAGGAUGACCCUGUCUCUCUGUAUCUUCCAUGAAUCUGUUUCUGAACAGAGGUCACGUUCUGAGGUGCUGAGGGUAGAACCCCACUUAUCUUUUGGGUGUACCAUUCAGCCUUUGCCACCAGUCUGGGGAGCUUCCUGAAGAUUCCUUCUGCCACCAGGCUAUGGAACUUCCAGAAGCCAUCUCCUGCUGGUGAGCCUCCGUGAUGCUGGCUGGGGGAGCACUGCUCAUCAUUUCUUGAACCUUGGGUUUAGGCAAAAGGACGGUGUCGUGUCUGAAGCUGUUGUUCAUAUAGCUGGGGGCAAGUAAGUCCUAUGGAAGCCAGGAACAGCCACAGAACUGGUCAGCACUGUGUCCUUUCCCCUGCUUAAGCUAUCCCCCUCCCCGAACUCUCCACCUGGUAUGAGUGCGUGUGAGCCUGCAUGCCUGCAUGUGUGUGCGUACGUUCGUGCGUGCAUGAGUGUGUGUGUGUGUGUGUGUGGUA